AUGGCAGAGCCCCGGGCCGGGGCCCAGCUCACCGGGCAGGGCCCCAAGAACCCGUGCGUGUCGGACGUGACCGUGCAGCUGGAGAUGAAGCCUCUGUGGGAGGAAUUCAACCAGCUGGGCACGGAGAUGAUCGUGACCAAGGCAGGCAGGAGGAUGUUCCCCACCUUCCAGGUGAAGAUCCUGGGCAUGGACACCCUGGCCGACUACGCUCUGCUCAUGGACUUCGUCCCGCUGGAUGACAAGAGAUACCGGUACGCCUUCCACAGCUCCGCCUGGCUGGUGGCGGGCAAGGCGGAUCCGGCCACGCCGGGCCGGGUGCACUUCCACCCCGACUCGCCCGCCAAGGGCGCCCAGUGGAUGCGCCAGAUCGUGUCCUUCGACAAGCUCAAGCUCACCAACAACCUGCUGGACGACAAUGGUCACAUCAUUCUCAACUCCAUGCACCGCUACCAGCCCCGCUUCCACGUGGUCUUCGUGGACCCGCGGAAGGACAGCGCUCGCUAUGCCCAGGAGAACUUCAAGUCCUUCGUCUUCUCGGAGACGCAGUUCACUGCCGUGACCGCCUACCAGAACCACCGGAUCACCCAGCUGAAAAUCGCCAGCAACCCGUUUGCCAAGGGGUUUAGAGAGAGUGACCUGGACUCCUGGCCUGUGGCCCCCCAGCCCCUGCUCAGUAUCCCAGCCCGGAGUCGGAGCAUUCUUGGUCCCUGCCAGCGGAAGAGCUCCUCAGAGAGGGAGAGAGAGCUCCACACCACCCCGGGAUUCCCAGGGCUCGACCUGCCCCAUACCCCCUACCCAAUGUCCAGGCUGAUGGGAGUCAGGGAGGCUUGGCCCUCCCAGCUGGCCUAGGACUUCUGUCCCCUUCCGCCAUGUCCCUGGGACCUGGCCAGGACUCUCCGUGAUGGUGAAACCCUUCUUC